ACCAGUUGUUACUGUUACCUUUUACCUUACACAUAGCAGUUUACUUUUUAACCUUUGUAGUUCGAAGUUAUUCUCAUCUCGUUUGAAAUUUCAAUGAUCAGUGUUCAUGUACAGUGAUUCUUUCGUGUUUAUGUGUUGCAUCAUCUUUUUACAUCCAUCGAGUACAUAUUGAUUAUACUGUAUUUGGAGAGUGAUAAUUGUGAAACAACUACGAUGGGGUUUAACUCAAAAUUAGUGUCUGUAAUUAAUCGAAUAAUUCGGGGAAAUUGCCCAAAAAAGAUUACCGAAUCUCAAAUUCCUAAGAGGGUGUCAUCAUCAGAAAAGGAAUCCAUCUUCAUUGACGAAGACACCAGUAUACCUUGCGAUGAAAAUAAAUGCGAACCAUCAAGUUCUUAUCGUACUCCUUGCAAAUGUGUUACCAAAAUUGUCGAUGCAAUGACUGAUAAAUUCAAAGAUCCGGGGAACUUCCCGCAAGAUGUGAUGAGUGUCAGUAAAUCUUUUCACGAGUACUCCAAACAGACUCUUCUUAUUGAAAAUGUUUCUCCAACUGACGAGAAUAUAGAAAUUAUUAAACGUGCAUCCCUGUACGCAAAUACCCUAAAUUUACAAGAUUUCAAUUUGAACCAUUUGCUCCAAAUACAUCGAUUGGUUAUGAUAAAAGAUAACCAACUUGCUGGUAAAAUAAGAGAUCACAAUGUAAUUGAAGGGUGACUUUCCAAAACGCACUAAGUCCAAAAACCGGUUUUUUCAGAAAUCGUAAAAAAAUGCGGAUGCGAAGUACUGUGAAUUCUCCAUCACCAAUGAUGAUAAAGUUCCCUAUUCGAGGUGUUUAGGCAUCGGUCUCUUUUAAAAUCCGGAGUUACGUAACCAUAUUUUUGACGUACGGAGCUGUGAAAUGUUGAACACUGGAUUUAGUGCGUUUUGGAAAAUCAUGGAUUUAGUGCAUUUUGGAAAAUCAUGGAUUUAGUGCAUUUUGGAAAA